UAACCCAGCUGAUGUUCUUAUCCAAUUCCCCCAAUUCUCUCUUUGAUGGCUCGAAUCCUCUCUCGAGCCCUAAUCCGAUCUCCCUACUGCUCCCAUCGCCUCCUCGUGGCCGCGGAAUCCGCUCUCCUCCCCUUCUCCGCCCGCCUCCUGGCCCUUCGCGGCCGCUCCGACGCGCGGAUCGUCGAGGUGGACGUCGGCACCGAGGACGACGCCGGCGAGGUCGAGGACGAGGUCGAAAUCGACGUCCUCGGCCUCCGCCGCCUCGAGGACGCCAUCCACGCGAUCUCCAUCCGCAGGUCGGCCCCGGACUGGCUCCCCUUCAUCCCCGGCUCCUCCUACUGGGUUCCUCCACCGCGGCGUACCGUCGGAGUGCUAGAGGUGGUGCGGAAGCUGGCGAACCCGCUGACGGAGGAGGAGACCAUGUCGCUGACGAACAUCCGCGGGUGGCCUUCGUCAGCCUACUUUGUGGAAGGUAUUUCUCCACAUGCUGUGAAGAAGAGCCCGAAGAAGGCAUCAGCAGAGUCUGAUGAUGAAGAGUGAUCAUUCUCUACCGACGGAUACAGCUGGGUUGGUGACAACAUUUGCUUCCCAGAGGUGUAUGCUCUGCAUAUAACUUAGCUGCUGUGCCCCGCUGUCCAGGGAAUGUAAAUAGAGGAAUGGAGCUGUUAGUUUCACUUAUUAGCCGCAUAAAUUCUGUGUAUUGGCUGCGUUUUCAAUGUUGGUUUUUUUUUUGGUUCCUUUUGGUGCCUCUCGUUUUGUUACCUAAUAACCAAUAUGGACAGCCACAAAGCUUUCCCCAAACUGCCAGUGUUGUCACAGCUUGUAACUUAA